AUCCUUCCUUCAGAAAGUGAAAGUAAAGUUUGUGUUGCUGGAACAGUGAAGAUAGAGUCAGUAAAUGUGUCUGCAGAAGAGCUUUCUUGUCCCGUGUGCUGUGAAAUCUUCAAGGCUCCUGUUCUUUUAUCCUGCAGUCACAGCGUCUGUAAAGAGUGUCUUCAGCAGUUCUGGAGAACCAAGAAAACUCAGGAGUGUCCCGUCUGCAGGAGAAGAUCCUCAAAACACGAUCCUCCGUUGAAUCUGGCAUUAAAAAACCUGUGUGAGUCGUUUGUGAACGAGAGAAAUGAGCGGCGUUCAUCAGGAUCUGAGGAGAUCUGCAGUUUGCACAGAGACAGACUCAAACUCUUCUGUCUGGAGGACAAACAGCUGCUGUGUUUAGUGUGCAGAGAUUCACAGAAACACGUCAAUCACACGUUCAGACCCAUCAGUGAGCUGCUUCCGUCGUAUAAGGAGGAGCUCAGUACAGCACUUAAGUCUUUACAGGAGAAACUUCAGCACAGCAAAACACUGAAAGGAGAAUGUGAGAAAACAGUUCAACACAUCAGGUCUCAAGCUGAGCACACGGAGCAUCAGAUUAAACAGCAGUUUGAGAAGCUUCAUCAGUUUCUCAGAGAUGAAGAAGAAGCUACAAUCACUGCACUGAGGGAGGAAGAGGAGCAGAAGAAGCAGAUGAUGAAGGAGAAGCUGGAGGAGAUCAACAGACACAUCUCAGCUCUUUCACACACAAUCAAAGACACGGAGGAGAUGAUGAACGCCAGCGACGUCUGCUUUCUGAAGGAGUUUCCAGUCUCAAUGGAAAGAGUCCAGAUCUCACAGCCGGAUCCACAGACGCCUUCUGGAGCUUUGAUUCGUGUGCCACGUUACUUGGGCAACCUGCCGUUCAGAGUCUGGAAGAAGAUGCAGGACGUCGUCCAGAACACUCCUGUGAUUCUGGAUCCGAACACGGCUCAUCCGGAUCUCGUCCUGUCACACGAUCUGACCGCUGUGAGAAAGGGCGGAAACGGGCGACGGCUUCCUGAUAAUCCAGAGCGAUUUGACGGCUUUGACUGCGUCGUGGGGUCGGAGGGGUUUGACUCAGGAUCGCACCGCUGGGAUGUGGAGGUAAACGAAAGUCCACACUGGAGUCUGGGAGUCACUGCAGCGUCAAACCAGAGGAAGGGAGCCGCUUUCUUCAGCUCUGGCGUGUGGUUUGUGCAGUACAGACAGAGUCUGCCGUCUGGAUUCUGCGUUCAUCAGCAGCUGGAGCGUGUGAGAGUGGAUCUGGACUGUGACGGAGGAACCGUGUCCUUCUCUGAUCCUGUAACUAACACACAUCUACACACAUUCACAGCCAGCUUCACCCACACACUCUUCCCAUUCUUCUUCUGCUGUUCUCUUCACCCUUUGAGGAUCUUACCGCUAAAGACCAUCAAACAGGUGUGAGUUCUCCUCUGCUUAUUCUGUGUGAACACAGAGGCGCUGAUAGUUCACAAGUUGCAUAUAGUAAGAUAUUUUUGAUAGGCAUCAUAUAUAAUGGAUAUGACUCAAAGUGGGAACUGAUUGAUUAAGUAUCUUAAUUUAAGACACAGUAUGUCCAGAUAUAUAUGGAAUAUAGGAACAUAUCAGGGGAUAUUUCAGUUGUGUGUGUGUGUGUGUGUGUUUUUUUUUUUAGUAAUUCUUUUUGUCAAAUUCUUGUGUAACAUAUUCAUUUGACUGUCACAUUGCACUGAAUUAAAACACACAGUGAAGAGUUAAAAUAAAUCAUGUUAUUUCUCAUUCUUAUGUGCCACUAAAACAGCGAUU